AUGUUUGAUGCAACUGUCACCCAAUCACUUGAUCAAUCAGACGAACUUUAUAUUGUUGGAGGUUAUACAUCAUCAAUUAACAAGAUCUGGCGUAAAAUACUAAAAUCAGAUCUAAAAGCUAAGAAAAACCAGUGGGUUGAAUUACCGAACUUUACAAUUCCACUUCAUUUUGCUAGUACGCACAUGGGUUUGUCUUUGUACAAUAAACGCUUGUACAUGUUUAGUGGACAGCUGGACUAUGGCUGUGGACCGGCAACCCAUGCUUGCGCCUAUUUAAAUUUGAAAACAAUGCAAUGGAUAAAACUACCAGAUUUACCCGAAGCUCGAUAUGCAUCACGAGUAAUAAUUUCUAAUGAUUUCGUGCAUUUAUUUGGUGGUACAAAACCAGAUCGUAUCACACCAGCAUUUGACUACUGGAUAUUGAAUUUAAAUCUGACAGAUGAGGGAUGGCUCAAUGGGCCAUCGAUGCCUGAAACUGGCGAUCACGGUUAA